GGAUCUUCGGGCUGGCGGCCGACAGGCGCGCGUCACGUGGCCCACGGCGUCCAGGGCGCCGAGCCGCGGGCAGCCGGGCAUGGACCCUCAGGCCGCCAGGGCCCAGGCACGGCGGGCCGCGGAGCCGUCUCGGGGCCCGCCGCUGCCUAGCGCGCAGGAGGCGCCCCCCAGCCCGGAGGCUGGCUUUGCUACAGCUGACCACUCCAGUCAGGAGAGAGAGACUGAGAAGGCUAUGGAUCGACUAGCCCGUGGAGCACAGAGCGUCCCUAAUGACAGUCCUGCCCGGGGUGAGGGCACCCAUUCUGAAGAGGAAGGUUUUGCCAUGGAUGAGGAGGACUCUGAUGGAGAACUGAAUACCUGGGAGCUGUCAGAAGGGACAAACUGUCCACCCAAGGAACAGCCUGGUGAUAUUUUUAAUGAGGACUGGGACUUGGAGUUGAAAGCAGAUCAAGGGAAUCCAUAUGAUGCUGACGACAUCCAGGAGAGCAUUUCUCAAGAGCUCAAACCUUGGGUGUGCUGUGCCCCACAAGGAGACAUGAUCUAUGACCCCAGCUGGCACCAUCCGCCUCCACUGAUACCCCAUUAUUCCAAGAUGGUCUUUGAAACAGGACAGUUUGACGAUGCUGAAGAUUGAGUGUGGAGCUUUCUGCCUUGUAGGUGGGCGGGCCUCCACGUCAAGAUCUCUUUUCCUGUCUUGGAGGUGAAAAGUCGUAUCUGAGAAAACGUUCUCAGUGACCCCUAGUCUGCAGUACACAGACUAGUUCUUUAUUGAACAGUGUUCAAUAAGGCCCCGUCGUUCUCCCCAGUCUGUUGUUGUUACUAAUGGGCUCCUCCUUGGAAUGUGUAUGUUUGUGUCAAGAGGAGUUGUGUUCUUUGUAAAUAAAGGUUAAAAAAAGAAA